UUGAUCAGUCUGAGCCCUAAAUCUCUCUCUCGUUUCUUGUAUCGCAACCAAGAAGACAACAUGGAAGAACUGGCAGGUGUAACUCCCGGGGAAUUCAGGGGAAACCUAAAACGGGAACUCAAGAAGCUCUUUCCUCCCGCUAGUGCGCAACUCUCGAUUGUUGCGUCCAAAGGUCAACAUCGUAUAUAUGGAGAUUAUCAAUGUAACGAUAUACUGCACAUGUUGUCGCCAAAACCUUUCCGGUCCGAUUCUGCUCAAGCUUCUGGACAGGUUUGUUUGUUGGCUAGGUCUUUUCUAUGCUCUAUGGUCGUGUAGUAGUAGAUUCUUGUUAACUCUUUUUUUUUUGUUUUUUUUUUCUCACAUAACACUUUGUUUCAAACUUCCCUGCCUCUGAGAUGGUGAAAUCAUGCUCUGUUACUGGAUCUGGAUUUAUCAAUUUUGUUAUAUCAGAUGAUUAUAUCGCCAAGAGCAUUGAGAAUAUGCUAAUCAAUGGAAUUGACACAUGGGCGCCUACUCUUCCGGUUAAGAGAGCAGUUGUUGAUUUUUACUCUCCCAACGUUGCAGAAGACAUGCACGUCGGUCAUCUAAGAUCACCUAUCAUCGGUGAAACCAUUGCUCGAUUGCUCGAGUACUCAAAGGUUCAAGUUCUACGCAGAAACCAUGUUGGUGACUGGGGAACAAAUGCUGGUAUGCUAAUCGAGUACCUCUUUGAGGUAUAUCCUGGUGCAGCUAGUGAGUCUCUGACAACAAUUGGUCAUAUUCAGUUUUCUUACUUCCACUCAAAAAUAAAAUUUGACGAGGAUCCUCACUUUAGAAAAAAGGCACGGCGUGCUGUGGUCCGUCUUCAGGGUGGAGAUCCUGUUUACGUCAAAGCUUGGACUAAGAUUUGUGAAAUCAGUCGAACAGAGUCUAACAAGAUUAUUCAGCAACUCCAAGUUGAGGUUGAAGAAAAGGGAGAAAGCUUUUACAAACCUUACAUUUCUAACAUGAUUGAGGAAUUGACCAUCAAGGGGUUGGUAGAAGAAAUUGAUGGUGCUCGUGUUAUAUCCAUCGAAGGCUCGAAGAAACCACUCAUGCUUGUCAAGAGAGAUGGUGGUUUUACCUAUAGCACAAAAGAUAUGGCUGCUCUUUGGUAUCGGCUUAAUGAAGAGAAAGCUGAGUGGAUCAUUUUUGUGACAGAUGCUGGCCAGCAUAACCACUUUGAUAAGUUAUUCAAAGCUGCCAGAAAAGCAGGAUGGCUUCCAACCAAUGAUACAACUUACCCUAGAGUUAGCCAUGUUGGUUUUGGUGUAGUCCUUGGAAUAAAUGGCAGGCGGUUUAAUAGUUGGCAUGCUUAUAAUUUUCGCCUAGCUGAUUUGCUAGAUAUGGCCAAGUAUUACAGUAAAGGGGCCCUUCUAGAGCGUGGCAAGGACGAAGAAUGGACACUCGAAGAGCUGGACGAAACAGCUGAGGCAGUUGGAUACAGUACGAUGAAGUUUGCUGACCUUAAGAACAACAGAUUGACACGUUAUUGUUUCAGCUAUGAUCAAAUGCUUUGUGACAAGGGGAAAACAGCUUUUUACCUUCUUUACGCCCAUGCUCGGAUCUGCGCAAUCAUCCAAAAGUCCGGCAAAGACAUAGAUGAGCUGAAAAAGGAAGGAAAGCUAGCAUUGGAUCAUGCAGACGAGCGAGCACUGGGGCUCUUCACCUACUUCGAUUUUCGGAGACGGUUGAGGAAGCGUGCACCAAACUGUUACCGAACGUGCUGUGCGAUUACCUAUACGGCUUAUCCGAACAGUGCUCCAGAUUCUACAACAAUUGUCAGGUCAUUGGUUCAGCAGAGGAGACAAGCCGUCUCCUACUUUGUGAAGCAACGGGGAUAGUCAUGCGGAAAUGCUUCCACCUACUUGGCAUCAC